ACCAAAUAUACUUUUCAUUUAAUAUUUUUGUUUAUAAAAUGACAAUAGAAAUUUCAAUAGCAAGGAAAAUAAAAACAAAAUUUUCCAACUGUCUAGCAAACCGGCAAGAAAAAUCAAUUUCUAACUAACAGUCACAAAGAAAGAACGAAUUUUGCUUAAAUAAUAUAAAAAUUAAACUACAAUAACUCGAAAAACUUUGUUACAAACAAUCUUCCGUUUAAAUAAUUAAGAAUUUAUUAACAAUUUUUAAUAUAUUUUGGAUGUUUUUACUACAAUGAAACGUUGCUCGGAAGAAGCUUAUCGCAAAUCACAGCCCAGCCAUCUCAGCUCUAGCAGUGGAGUCAGCAAUGUCAAAAGACCAUGUUCAAAACAAAAAUUCGUUUACAAUCGACCCAAACCCGAUACACUAGAAAGUAUAUUACGUUCGAAGGCGAAUCCCGAAUACAAUUCACGACGUCUCUGGUAUGAAUUGAAUAUGCCAGAAUGUACAAGUGAAAUAUUAGAUGGAAGAAUGCUAUCAACCAGCAUACCUGACAGGCUGCUAUGUCAUACCAAAGAAAUGCGUUGUAAACGUAGGAUACAAACUAAAAAGAAAGAAAAGCGACCUUCUUACAUGCAAAUGCGUUUGGAACGAGAAAACUUUCGCAAAAAGUUAGUCGAAUUAAUUGCCCGUAAAGACGAUGAUGAUGCUGGAGGUUCUCCCGCUACUGCCAUUGAUUUGGAAGCUGAAUUUCCCAAUAAAGAAGAAAAGGAAGUUUUACGUUAUUACUAUUACAUUAAACAUGGCAUCGAUACAAUACACGUUUCACCCAUGAGCAAAAAAGUGUUAAACAGAAUUAAAAGUCAAAUACCAGCUGUUUUAAAUAAAUGGGCCACUGCUCUUAAUGAAAAUAUCGAUGAGAUAAAAUCUGAUUAUGUGUUUGCCAUGAAGAAGGCAGUCAUUGAUUUUGUUCUACAAAACUCUUUAAUAAAUUUGAAAAAAGAUGCGCAAUUAGAAUUGACGGCAGAACGGAAGGAGGCGAAUAGAAUGUUUAAUAGAUGGCGUUAUCG